AUGCAUCGACGCUUGCUUUCAACUGCUUAUCUCGUCGUCUCGGCACUUCGCGUUAUCCUGGCCCAGGAUUUCAAUCCAGAAUCCCUACUGCCGCAGCACAAAUCGCCCUUGCUGGGAGAUAUUUGUAAGUCGCUUCGAACAGCUUGCGACAUAACAGAAUUCCCUGCAAGCAUUGAGGUAUGGUACAUCACGAUGCAUCAACUUAGUACCUGGCUAACACUUCGUGAGAAACUGUGUGAUGAGUAUUGUGAGAGCGAGAUCGCCGCGAGUGAUCUCAAAGGUCGCCUUUGCAAAAACUUCAGAAAGUAUAUCGAAAGCCUUGGAAAAUGCGCCAAAGAUGCCCGAAGCACGGUCAAGAAGCAGUGCAAGGACAAGUGCAGGUGUUCCAAAGACGACGAUUGCGAUAUAAAUGAAGUCUGCAAAGACUACGCAUGCAAUCCAAAGUGUACCGACGGCAAAUGUCUUGCACACGUCGCUCUACCGCCAAAAUGUACCAAGAAUUCGGAUUGCAGGUCGGGCCUAGUUUGCAGAGACGGCGACUGUCGGCAAUGCCGUGCUGAUUCAGAAUGCCACAAGGACAUGAUCUGCAGCAACGACCACUGCAUGCCAAAACCGCCUACUUGCGGACAACCCGGCUUUGACUGGGCAGAGUGGCGCGGUCCUUUAUCCUGGAACAGCGUCAAAUCACCCCCUUUUACAGAGUAUGACCCGACCGUAUUCAAAUCUCAAAGGCCAGAGCACGGCGGUCGAACAAACACGCUGCUCAUUGACAACCCAGAGGAACUCUACGGGCAGACCAUAGACAUCAACCUUGCUUCUGUGAUACAUCAGGGAUUUCUCCUCGCCCCAGAGACAGGCAACUACACAUUCAUCUUUGGGCAAGCAGACGAUAUUGUUCUGGUCUGGCUAGGCGAAAACGCUUUCCGUGGUUGGACUCGUGCAAACGCAGAUAUUGAGAGGACCUAUAUUCCGCCUCCCGGUGACGAGACACGUACGACAAGGCACCUGGAGCAGGGAACGUAUUACCCCAUUAGAGUUGCAUGGGGUGACAAGGGCGGAAACACAGCCAUGUCGGUCAGGAUCAUGGCCCCAAAUGGCACAGAAUUGACUGGCCAGAACGGUGGCUACUUUAGAACCGAAGCGUGUGAUGGUUCAUACGACAAGUUUCCUCCAUAUGGCCGGUCGUAG